CUUUGUAUUCAUUUCCCCGGUGAUGUGUGCAAAACACAGCUAACUCCAGCCUGUGGGAGCUGUUUGAUUCCUCCUGCUAGCCCAGCGAUGCCUGCAGAGGUCAGAUCAGCUUUGGACGAUAUCUUUGCAGGGAUGAGCAACGCGGACCGUGCACUGCCAGUAUGGGAGGGAAUAAACAAGGACUCUGAAAUGCCGGAGUGUUUCAUCUCAUUCCCUCAGGAUCCAGCAAAAAGUUUCUCUCACACAAAGCGGGUCGGAAAUUACCUAGUGGGUAAGAUGAUCAACAAAGGCUCCUUUGCUAAGGUGAUGGAAGGGCUGCACAUUCCAACAGGGGAAAAGGUGGCUAUCAAAGUGAUUGACAAGAAGAAGGCAAAGCAGGACACCUACAUACAGAAGAACAUGAAAAGAGAACCUCGCAUUCACCAAAUGAUCAAACACCCCAAUAUCGUGCAACUCUUUGAAACACUGGAGACUGAGAACUCCUACUACAUGGCAAUGGAACUGUGCGAAGGGGGAGAUCUGAUGGACAGAAUAAGUGAGAAGAAAAAGCUUGAAGAAAGGGAAGUGAGAAAAUACACCAGGCAGAUUCUGUCAGCUGUGGAACACCUCCAUCGCCAUACCAUAGUGCACAGGGAUCUGAAAAUAGAAAACUUUCUCCUUGAUGAAAAUAACAACAUUAAAAUCAUUGAUUUUGGAUUAAGCAACACUCUGAAGAACGACAGCCAGGAAUUAUUGAAUACACAGUGCGGGAGUCCAGCCUAUGCUGCCCCAGAGCUCCUGGCUCAUAAGAAAUAUGGUCCCAAGGUGGAUGUCUGGUCAAUUGGAGUCAGUAUGUUUGCAAUGCUCACUGGCACAUUACCAUUCACUGUAGAGCCAUUUAACAUCAAGCUACUGCAUCAGAAGAUGGUAAAUGGAGACAUGAGUUCCAUCCCUUCAGAAAUUUCCUCAGGAGCUGUUCUUUUCAUGCUCUCGUUGCUCGAGCCUGAUCCAACCAAACGCCCCUCUGUGAAAGAAGCAAUGGAGGAGAAAUGGUUAAAUGAAGGCUUUUUUCGAAGGCCACUGCAUUCAGUUGUUUACAAGAAUAGACUUCGUUCUGAUGAACUGAACUCAGUGGUUUUGAACUUUAUGACUGAGAGGAAAGGUUUUGGCCUGACGGAGAUUGUUAACACAUUGAUCAAUAACAGGCCUUCCCCCAGCAUGGCAACUUAUUAUUUGUUACUGCAGAAGUUGGCACGACACCAAAAAGAAAUAAAAAACAAGAAGAAAAUUGAAUCAAGUGAGUGGAAUUUAUCAUCCGAGGCUCUGCGGAUUGAUCGUAUAGAAAACAACUCCCUAAGUAAAAGGCUAAUGCAGAGAGAAAAUGAAACAGCAAAGCAAAGCAAGGAAGUAGGAGGGAGAAUUUCAGAUGAAAACCUACCAUCAGAGUCCCAGGAAACUAGGAAGGAUACUGAACCCUCACAUCAGGAGGAUCAGAAGAACUCGGAGACAAGUAAAAUACAACAGAUGCAAAGCCCCACAACAAAGGAGGUGAUUAAAGAAGAGGAGAUCGCAAUUUCUUUGGAAAAACAUGACAACUGUUUCCCAGAAGUUUCUAAAUUUGCAAACAGGGAACUUGUGCACUUGCAUCUUCCUUCCUCUAGACAUGCAUCUGACCAUGAUGGCUCAGACUGUCACGGUAAAUCAGAGGUCUCCCGAUGGACUGUUGCUGCUAAAAGACAAGAUCAUAAGGAACAGAUACAAGAAACUCAUUUGCAACCAAUAAGUAAACAGGACAUUGAAGAGAAUCACAAAUCACCAAUAUGCAUCCCGGAUAAAGUUGCACACAGAUUUUUGAUAGAGUCCAAAGGAUAUUCUAAAACUCCAGCAGCUCAUCGUGAAACCAAGUUUAAAGAUCUUCUUCAGGUUAUGGAAGACCAAGCAACAGCAGCACACUGGAGGUAUCAGGAGAAAGAUGGGCACAGUUUUGUAGUCAUUAAGACACCUCAAUUUUCCCAAUUGCCAAAACUCAAGCAUGGUAUUUUCAAAGAAAACCUCGGUAAAAAAAUCAGCUGGGUCCAAUCUCCUCGACACGGAACAAAUAGGUCAUCGCCUUUUUUGGUCAGUGGUGCUAGGCAGCCACUAUUCCCAUCUUCUCGCCAGCAGACUCUAAUAGUCAAGAGCCUGCGUCAGUCAAAGGAGAAAACAAAAGCGUCUGUCACGAACAACAUAUUCAGAAGGAACUGCAUUCAACUUAAGGCUGCUCAGAAACCUACAGGUUUAAACCUACCAGUUCUGCCACCAGCAUUUCCGUCAAAGUCAGGCAAAAGGGGUGAAGUUCUAAAGCUUGACUUUGUGUGACACAUGAAGACUAAACAGAUGGGGAAGAUUUUCAUGUUACAAAAUCAAAGUUCUUUCUAUAUACAUUUACAAUCAUAUUGCAACUAUUGCAUAGGCCAAAUCUUCUUCAGUUUUUCAGGAAGAUCCAUAACAGGCAGAUGAAUAGGCAGAGUAUUUAUCAGCCUAUGGGAAUAUGACAUUGUUGGAAUCACAGAUACAGGGUUUAAAAAAACGAUGGGACAGACAGCUUAACAUUCCAAGGCACAGAAUCUGAGGUACAGUGGUGUGGAUGCAAAUGAUAAAGGAGUCCAUUAUUGCAGAAGAGAGGGAGAGUGUCCUAAUAAGACAUAUGGGAAAUGUUCGGGAACAAAAAGUGAGUGAGAGUGAUUAACAGAAGGUAUAGUACAGGCUUACGAGCAAUCAACAUGAUAUGGAAGAUAAAUUAUGUAGACAAAUUGUCGAGGGGUGUGAGAGCAAAAGGGUUAAGUUAGUAGCGGCUUUCAGCCUCCAGAGAAAUGUAAAAGAUGUUGAUGGGGGUGCAGUUUUUGUAGCGUUUUCAGGAGAGCUUUUAAAACAAGUCCAUAGAUACUUCUUCUCGAGAGGGGGCAGCACUGGACAUUAUCUUAGGAAAGGUAACCAGGUAAGUAGACAAUGCUUCAAUGAAAUUACGGAGAGGGAAUAACAAUGGCCUAUAAAUUAAUAUCUUGCAUUGAGAAAGAUUAUUCAUUAUCAUUAGAUAGUACCUUGUAAAAGUAGACUUGGGCUGAGUUACCUUCAGCUGGGUCUACAUCAAAGAUUCAAAAUUGAAAUAAUGAAAUAAAUUUGAAAUGGAGUGCUAUUUCCCUAAAUGUGUUCAAGGUACUCAUUAGGAAGAGUGCUGCAGGAAUCAGAGACCUUGCAAUAUCAAAUUUACUAAAACAUAAUGACAUAAAAACCAGAAAGAAUGGACCAUCCACCCUUUGUGCCAUCUCUGACCUGCUAUUCAUAACUUAUGGCUGAUCUUUAUUUUUAUCACCAUGUUCCUAAUUCCUUUAACAUCCAGAAAUAUAGCAAUUUCUGUUUUGAGUGAAUAUUAAUGAACUUGCAAAGCCAUCUAGGAUUGAGAAUUCCAAAGGUUCAUCACCCUCUGGGUGAAGAAGGUUUUCCUUAAACAGCCUAUGCAUUAUUAUCAAACAGGUUCCCAUGGCCUAAGAUCUCACAGUGUGGGGAAUUAUCCUCCCUACAUUUAGUAUGACCAGCCCUAUAAGUAUGUUGUAAGUUUUGAUAAGGUCUUUUCCAUUAAACUCUAGAGAACAUAUUCCCAGUCUACUCAAUCCAGAAAGACUGUAUUCUCUGGAUCCAAUCCGUGAGUCAUCACUGCAUAGUCUCAAAGUGGGCAUGUUUCAAUUCUGAGAGGACUCUCUGAAUCACUGAGGACUAUUGACAUUUUGGGCCUUUUCCAAUACAGACCAGCGAUAUUUCUGGAUUUUGUUGUUCAAUGUCAUCCAUGAUGUGUUUUCUCUCACUAAGUCAUGGUGCAAUAUGUAUCAGAUAUCAGACCAAAACAUUUGACACAUCUGCUCCCAGGAUGAGGAUUUCCUUUCAAGGACAGCAGAGAUGUCAUCAAUGAAUGGGGCUUCUCUUUCUCCACCAUUAAUGCUGCCCUCAGCUUCAUCUCCUCCAUUUUCUGGACAUCUGCACUCAUUCUCAUCUUUCUGCUGCCUUAGCAGGGUUAGAGUUCCUCUUGCCAUCACCUACCACUCCAUGAGCCGCAGCAUUCAACGCAUCACUCUCCACAACUUCUGUCACCUUCAAUAGGAUCUUGCAACCCAACACAACUUUAGUUCACUCCCCACCACCCUUUUCCAUUCACUACUGUCCGUAGGGAUUGCUCACUCUGUGAUUCCCUUGUCCUCCCUUGUCCAUCUGUCCCUCCUGGCACAUACCCUUGCAAACAUCAGAAGUUCUACACCUGCCCAUUCACCUUACCUCCAUUUAGGGCCUCAAACUGACCUCCCAGGUAAGGCAACACUUCAAAUGUGUUGGAGUUGUCUAUUGUAUAUGGUGGUCCCGAUGCAGCCUCCAUUACAUUGGUGAGACCCAACGUAAGUUGGGCACUGCAUUGUCGAGCACCUCUGUUCCAUCCACCAAACAGGGAAAUUCCGGGUGGACAACCAUUCUAAUUAUUUAAGUUCCCUGUCCGCCAAGCUGGUCCAUGGCCUCCGCUUUUGCCAUGAUGAGGCCACACUCAGGAUGGAGGAGCUAUGCCACCUAGGUAGACUUCAACCUGACGGCACGAGCAUCUAUUUCAUUUUUCAGUAAUUUUUUUCCCUCUCCCACUUCCUUCUUCUACUAUUUCUCACUCUGUCCUCUUACCUCUUCUCCUUACCUGCCUAUCACAUCCUCCUGGUGUCCCUUCUCCUUCCCUUUCCCCUAUGUUCCCUCUCUCCUAUCAGAUUCCUUCUCCUCCAGUCCUUUACCUUUCCCACCCACCUGGCUUCAUCUUCUAGCUAGUCCUCUUCCCUUCCCCACACUAUUUUAUUCUGGCAUUUUCCCCCUUCCUUUCCAGCCCGGAAGAAGUGUCUCAGCCCAAAACAUCGAGUGUUCAUUCAUUUCAAUAGAUGCCGCCUGAUCUGCUGACUUCCUCCAGCAUUUUGUGUGUGUUACUACAUAUUUCAAGAAUGCAUUUUAAAUGAUAAAUAUUCAGAUGGAAUACAGAAUAAGCUUACAAAUGGAAAUGGUACCAUUAUCAAGAUAUGAGCUUGCAUUAGUUGAUCAACUGGUAGAGAUUACAACACUGUUUGUAAUACAGAGAAAUAGCUUUAUGUCAAAAAUCAAGGUCAAGGUCAUUCUGGUGAACCAUUAGAUUUUAGUUCCACUGAGAUAUGAUUAUACUUAUGCACUUUUAGUAGUCAUGAAUAUUUAUUGUAGUGUAUAUUAUGCUUUGAUUUUAUCACUCAACAGAGUGCCAAAGUAAUUUAUGCAUAUUUUUUAUCUUUUACAUGUAUAAUAAAGACAGUUUUUAUAAAUCAAAUUGUACAAUUUUAGUUAAAUGAAAGACUUUUAUCUGUAAUCCAUGAACACUGUUAAACAUAUGUUACAAUGGCGAGUGGAGUUUUCUAUGAACUUAAGGUGGUUGACUUCCUGCUUGUUCAGGAUUCAGAAUUUGGUGGAACAUCCCUAUAGAUUUUCUAUUCCUCUGACAUGAUUCAGAAGUUUGUAAUAUAAAUUUUCGAUUUCUUGAAGUGUUCAUCUCAGAUAAAAAUACAGAGUAUUCUAACCAUGUAAGAUAUUGAUCACACCUCCCGUUUAUCUUUAUUAAUGUUGUAAUAAAUAUAGAAAGCAAAGGUCUGCUUUCCUACCCUAAGUGAAAUUACAUUUAUAAUUCUGACAAUACCUUUCUGAAGGUUUCUUUUUUUAAAAUAUAGUAUGUAUUAACCUUAAGGAAAUCAUUUGGAUCUGUACCCAGACCUCAUUUAUCAUUGUCAACACGGACAACUCACUGUAGGAACUUAGCAGGACAGGCAGCAUCCGUGGAAACAAGCAGUCAAUGUUUCGGGCUGCGAUCCUUCAUCAGGACUGGCCCUGCCCCCUCCUUCUUCAGUCCUGAUGAAGGGUCUUGGCCCAAAACAUUGACUGCUCAUUUCCACGGAUGCUGCCUGACCUGCUGAGUUCCUCCAGCAUCUUGUCCAUGUUGAUUUGACCACAGCAUCUGCAGUGUACUUUGUUCAUUUAUCAUUGUGACUGAUCCCUUAAAACUGGUCACUUUUGUGCCUAUUUUCUCUCUGUAAAUUCAAAUAAAUAAUAUUUUUUGAAUA